AUGAUUGCGUUACAAAACCAAGCUAUCUUGCCUCCCGCCAAAGUGGAUAUCUCAUUACUGUUGAAGCCCCAAGAUGAAGAGGCCGCCGCACCGGUGACCACUACGUCCACCUUUCCACCAAAUCCAAUUCCCCCGGCUCCAAUGGCUCCAGCAAUUCCUGCUGUUGUCUCAACGUCGGUGCCUUCUAUACCUCUCGCCAAAGGCCCCUCAUCGCUUCCAGCUAAGCGUCUUCAACCAGCUCAUACAGCAGAAUCCCCGGCGAAAAAACAGUCAAAGUGGUCUCCCGAAGAAGAUGCUUUGAUCAUUGAGUUACGUGGUAGUGGCAUGAAGUGGGAGGAUAUUAGCAAACGACUUCCUGGACGAAGUGCUAUUAGCUGCCGCCUUCAUUAUCAAAACUAUUUAGAGCGCCGAAGUGAGUGGGAUGAAGACAAGAAGAAUAAACUCGCAAGGUUAUAUGAGAGGUAUGCUGUACAGAGUCCAUAA